GUUCUUUUUUCAACAAAAUAACAAGCUCAUCACGAAAACCAUGUAAUUUGGUAAUCAAAAUUUGCUGAAAUCUUUCUUUCUUCAAUUUCGUUGUCUGCUCCUUGAGAAAAGUCUCUCUCUCUCUCUCUCUCUCUCUCUCUCUCUUUUUUCCAGUUGUUCUUUUUGUAACAUUUUACUUAUUUCCUUUGCCUAAAUUCUUCGUCGAAUGAACAGCUUCAAUGUCACAUCAUCUUUGAACAACCAAGUUUUUCACAUAUAUUUUUGAAGAUUCAACCUGGAUGCAAAAUAUCAAGGACGAAAAAAACCCGGAACGCAAAUACAAUAUAAACGAAAUCCUUUAUAGCUUUCUAAUUUUCCUUUUGUAGUAUGGGAGACACUACUUUUGAUUCAGAACUUUUUGAUGAUUCAUGCGAAGAAGAAAACGAGUUUGACCGAGCUUUACAAGAAGCUGAUCAAGUUUCGAUAGAAAACGAAGCUAGUUCAUGGACCCAAGUACCUAUCGAAUCUAUUCCAGGCUUGUCUUACUACCCUAAUCGUCUUCCCCCAGACCUGCAGAAUCAAAUUGCGAAUGCUUUGCCUGAUAGCCUAUUUUCAGAUAUGAACUCCGGAAGACAACUUCAUCUGUAUGUUCCUUUCCCAGAGCCAAUGCAAAGUCUAAACAAAUAUCUACCAUCAGAGUUUCUAUCCAACGUUUGGAAGGAUCAACCUGCUGAAGCCUCUAUCAUUCAAGUCUACAAUCCAGGCGACGGAAUUAUUCCUCACAAGGAUUUGGACAUGUUUGCCGACGGUGUCGCUAUAUACUCUUUCUUUUCAGACAUAACUAUGGUGUUUACUUUACCAUCUCAAAAACUCAAAUGUGAUGUACGAUUACAAAAAGGAAGUUUAGUCAUCAUGUAUGGACCAGCACGAUACCAAUGGCUCCACGAAAUACCAUUUCGAGGAGGAGAUUGGGUUCCAUUGUCUUCCCGAGAUGAACUAACACCGCCAAAGCAAACCUGGAUACCUCGGACUCAGCGUUUCAGUAUUACUAUGAGACGAAUUGUUGGUAACCAUACCUUUGGGUAAUUCAAUUUAGCUUAUUCCUUUUUUUCAUAACCUUCCUUCCCAUAUAAUCAUCUAGAAUCGACUCACUCCGUCUGUUUUCUACUACGCCUUUUUGAUACAUCCUCUACCCUCUAAUCCUUCACCAACCAGUUUCUUUUCUAACUUAUUUCUUUUAUAAAUUUAUAGAUGUUUCUUACUUACCUUCCCUUUCUCCAAUUUUUUGUCAUCCUUCCCUCUAUUAUAAUACAGCCUAAUGUUUUGCUUUUCUAGUUACAUAAAUACAAACUUCUUACUACGUACGAGAUGAAAGCAUAUAAAGCUGUGCUUCAUUAAUUUACAAAUGUC